AUGAGUGCAGAUUUCCUCAACAGCACUGACUGCAAAACCUUGCGGAACCCAACAGUGCCAAUGGAGGUCCUUCCAGUUUUGUAUUUCUUUGUUUUUGUUGGAGGCUUAUUGCUGAACACACUGGCUGCCUGGAUCUUCUGUCACAUACCAAGUCAUUCCAGCUUUGUCGUUUAUCUCAAGAACAUCGUCACCGCUGAUCUGCUAAUGACCAUGACACUGCCUUUCAAAAUCCUGUCUGACUCACACCUUGGGCCCUGGCAGUUGCAAGCAAUCGCGUGUCGUUACACUCUCGUCAUCUUCUACAACUGCAUGUACCUGAGCAUCAUAUUCCUCGGCCUCAUCAGCUUUGACAGGUACCUAAAGAUAGUGCGCCCCAUGAGAAACCUGACUGUGCAAAAGGUCUCCUUUGCCAAGUGUGUCAGUGUGGGUUGCUGGGUAUUUAUGACAGGCUUUGCACUGCCAAAUGUCAUUCUGACAAACCACAUCCUCACAAAGGAUGACGCCGCACGGUGCUACAGGUCGAAAAGUGAGCUGGGUAAAGCCUGGCAUCAUUCUACAAUUUUAAAAUGCCAAGUUAUUUUCUGGAUCACCUUUGUGCUCCUCAUUAUCUGUUAUUCAGCCAUCUUAAACAAGAUAUACUGGUCCGAUCAGAAAGUGCAAAAGGACUCCAGCAACGUCAAAGAGAGAGUAAAUCGUAACAUUUUCAGCAUCAUGGCGGUCUUCAUCAUCUGCUUUGUACCUUAUCAAAUUAUCAGACUUCCUUAUGAUCAGGGUCGAAAGAACAAAAUAAACUGUACAGCAUUCAACAGGCUGUACUAUGCAAAGGAAGCAUCACAGCUGCUUUGUGCAUUUAACGUUUGCCUCGAUCCAGUCAUCUACUUCCUGCUGUGCAAGUCAUUCACUAAGAUACUGUUUAGGAAGAACAAAAAGAAGCUUCAGAAGGCUUCUUCCUGA